AGCUCUCACCAUUUAUAAGAUCUUCUCUGAGUUACACCAGCAGAUUGACAUUACUCCAAAAAUGCCUCUCUGGUUUCUCAUCUUUCUUCCACUCGUUACGGUCGUAAAUUCCCAACCCUCAACCAUGACUCCACCCACAAAUCUGAUCAACCAGACCGACCUGCAGGUAGCCAUUGAUGACAUGAGAACGUCAUCGUACCAUGGCUUCGUAAUCCUUCUAAAGAUUCUAACCACCUCACCUAAUCCAAUUCCUGACGGGGAAAUAACUUUCUUGAUGCCGACCGAUGAGGAACUAUCAAAAGUUUCUCUCAAGCUUGAUACUCUUCAUGAUUUCGUACUCGGUCACUCCAUCCCAACUGCACUACUUAUCACUCAUCUUCUACAUUUUCCGAACGGAACUCUGGUUCCAUCCGGAGUUCCGAACCGGAUGCUGAGGGUUACAAACAGUGGAAGGUUGGGCCUGUUUGUGAACAAUGCAAGAAUUGUCGCUCCGAAUGUAUGUCUCAACUCUUUAAUAAGGUGCCAUGGAAUCAGUGCCGCCAUGACGUUUCAGAAUAAUGAUUAUCCUGCAAGGCGACAUCAGAAUUUCCUUGACACAAAAGUUCAUUGGAAGGCGAAAUCUUCAUCAGUUCUAAUCAACCGCCCUGCGCUACCCUAAAAAUUUAAAAUUCUAGCCUCUUAGAUUAUAUUCAUGUUGAGGAAAAUAAAUGCCGAUCAAUAGAGAAACCUGUCAACCUUAUUUA